AUGGACACCCUAGCUGAGGGAACUGGGACCCUCCAAGUCUCAUUCAAGAGCACACUUGAUCUUUGUGGACAGCCAGUAAGGUCUAUGGAAGAAGCUCUUGAGGUAAUGAAGACGCUUGCCCCAGAAGAGGUCUAUCCAGCUGCGCUUAGAAUCCAGGACCACGCCCACUCAUUCCUUAGCGAAGCAGUUAAGUCUCUAGAGAAGCUGCACGAUUUCAUCGAACAAGGCGAGUUUUGGAGAGAGCAUGAAGAGAAUGUGGAGGCAUUCCACGACUCAUGGAAAAUCACGCGUGACGCGGUUAGAAGCCAGCAGGGUGUGGCCCGAUUCAACGACAACCUCCUGCUACGUGCGAAGACACAGUGGGGUGAGGGCCAGGCGAAUGCUCUUUUUCUCCGCAUCAAAGGUGACACAAUGAAGCGAAAAAUCAGCAAAUUCCUCACAAGCGGCAUAUCCUAUGAGCAUACACGAGCAUCCAUCAACAAUGCAUAUGUGGCACGGAGGUCUACUCGCAAACGUGGAAUUCGGCAAGAAAGCCGAAUCAUGCAGGCUGAUCUAACCAAUGCCUUCUUAAGCCAAGACACUACGCCCUUAGACCAUAGUGUCUUACAAGGCUUGGAGCUAGGAAUUGACAUAGAUGGGUUUGUGUGUCCAAGUAUAGGCUUGGUCUCUGAGGCGCCUACUACCCAGCCACCUACUCCUAAGAAACAACAAAAGAAUAGCUGCCAAGAAGAAGAUGAUGAUGAUGAAGAAGAAGAAGGCCAUUCUAGCAGCCAGGCUAAGGAUAAGGAAGAUCACAACAACAGCAGCAGUGGCAACAGCAAUGAUGAAAAUGGCGACAGCGACAGCAAUAGCAAUAGUGAUAGCAACAGCGAUGGUGAUAGUGAAGGUAGUGGUGAUGCCGAUGAUGAUUUUCAACCUCACCCACGGAAACGAGCUAAGCACACAACACCACCUAUGUCUACAUGUGGCUGUCCUCUCACAAAGGCUGCUCUCCAGCGUUUAAUACCAGCUAAGAAAAAUGUUGUACUUCCCACAGAUACAUUGAAGAAACAGGCUCUCAGAAAAAUUGGCCGAGAAACUAGCAGCCCUAACGAAUCCCACACCUUACGCUUAUGCCCCAAACAUACACAUGCUCUCUGCAGGCAGCUAGGUAUCUACCAUCGUUUUGCUAUUACUCAGGCUCAUAGACGGCUUCUCUACCUUUACAAGAAGCUAGAUUCAUGGGACUCCGUGAGGCAGCAGCACCCUUCUUGGUUCAAAGGCAGCAUUGGAAAUCUUCAGUCUGGCUGGCGCUUUGAGGCCACUGCCCUACCACUAAGGCCAAAGGUUUCCAAACCAACCCAGAUGUCAUCCUUUACCUUUAUGAAGCUAUAUAAACGAUGCUUUGGCAAGGCCCCGCCCCCUGAAGCUAUGCAUAUGGACCAGCAAAUGAAGAAGGAUGGUAGUGUGGUAGUCACUGGGCUCUUUAGUUGGCUAACAGAAGACCUUGACGGCCAGCAUCCUGGUGGUAUCCUGCCUAUGAUCUUACAGGAGUUUGAUAUGUAUGACUGGCAUUACCGUGCCCGUCCUGGAAAACCUCGAAUUGGCUGGGCCCGGAACAUGUGGUUUAGCUUGGUCCAGCAGCUUGUCCGGCAAGACCCUGCUUAUUAUGCAUUCUAUGUGUUCUUUCGGCCAGACCAUGCUUGGCGACUAAUCUCCUUUCCUUAUUACACCAAGAGCACCUAUCCUGGGGAAUCUACGUUUUUUCGUCAUAUUGAUGUGAAUAUCGCUGAUUUCGUACGUACUGGACGUGGUCAGAAUGCUUUACAAGGUAGUCUUGCACUAUCUGUGGAGGAUGACAACAACUGUACAGAGAUGCUCCUUGGUAUGCAUCGGGAUAUCAGAGAAUGGAAUGACCGCCUUCGUCUCCGAGGCUAUACAAAAGAUGGCUAUGUACAACAGAUUCAGCCUACAAUGUGGACUAAAGAUGAUGAGGACCACUUUGGCUACACGUGGUCUAAACAGAAGUGUACUAUUGGAGAUGUGCGCCUUAGCCUACCUGGCCUGCCACACGGCUCUACUGGCCCUGCUACUUCACGUCGCCUCAAUAUCCUACCUUGGUUUGUGGGUAUUGGAGAAGACCACCAGACAUUAGAUGUGGCUGAGUCAGGAACUUGGGGUGACCUAUCUCACUGCCACCGCAGUUUUUACUCUGGCACUAAGACCCCUUCAGGCUUGCCCAAUAGCACUUUUGGAGGGCGUAUGGACCAGAUUUUCCCAGCAACUGUACGCCUUGGGCGGCUGGGUGCAAUUUCAGAUGCACUAGUUGGGCAGGUGCGCUGGGACGAGGUGGAUGUACGAGAAGAGCUUGACAUUUUAUUUGGAGAUGACGAUGUGGCUGCUUGGGGUUUUAUACAGAGGUGGCGGAAACACGCUCAGCAGCUAUACAUUGCUGCCUUUGAGAAGCUAGUUCUAACAGAACGUGCUGCGUUUGGGGCUAACUCCUUCUUCGAGCGUACCCAGCUUGGCCUUGAUGUUACCCCUGUGUUUAUUAAGGGUGGUUUUUACUGGUCUAGGUUUCAGGAUGAGCACGAGCACGAGCACGAGCAUGAGCAUGAAGAAUGA